CAACAUUUUUAUUACAUGUGACGUUUUUGUGUUGGUUGGAUCUGGAAUUGUUGCAAAUGGAAAAUGGCGUUUGUGUUGUAUUGAAGAGCUGUAAACAUACGUACUGCUUUGUGUAUAAAUGAACUUAACUGUUGUGGAUUGAAAAGUUUUUAUUUUUCAUUUGUUAGUGAUAUUAUAACGUGGACUAAUGAGUUUACUGACCGAUGUCUGCCGUGGCUCCCACUAUCCCCGGGGCUGACCCAGCAAAGGAUAUACAAAAACGCCGUGCUGGCAGUGUUGGGUCAGAUGAAGACGACGCAAGUGGAGGGAAAUAUACAAGGAUGGAGGAGGAUAACAUUCAGGAUAAGGAAAGAUUUGCAAGCCGCGAGAACCACUGCGAAAUUGAACGUCGCCGAAGAAACAAGAUGACGGCGUACAUCACGGAACUGUCUGAUAUGGUUCCAACAUGCUCGGCCCUCGCGCGGAAACCAGACAAACUCACCAUACUGCGUAUGGCAGUAGCGCACAUGAAAGCCUUAAGAGGUACUGGUAAUACUUCAACAGACGGCACGUACAAACCAUCCUUCCUAACUGAUCAGGAAUUAAAACAUUUAAUCCUUGAAGCGGCUGAUGGGUUUUUAUUUGUUGUCAGCUGCGAUACUGGACGUAUUAUCUAUGUCAGUGACAGUAUAGCACCAGUUUUGAACUACUCGCAGGGUGAAUGGUACUCAUCAUGCUUAUAUGAUCAAGUACAUCCAGAUGAUGUGGAAAAAGUUAGAGAACAAUUAAGCACACAAGAACCUCAAAACACAGGUCGUAUCUUGGAUCUUAAAACAGGGACAGUCAAGAAAGAAGGUCACCAAUCAUCCAUGCGUCAAGUCAUGGGCUCCCGGCGUGGUUUCAUAUGUCGAAUGCGCGUCGGUGGAUCUGCAGAGGGUGCACAUCUCGGAAGACUGCGUGCAAGAAACUCAUUAGGCCCUUCGCAUGAUGGCCAUAAUUACGCCGUUGUACAUUGCACCGGAUAUAUUAAAAAUUGGCCUCCUACAGAUCUGUUUCCAGGUAUGCAGAUGGAUCGUCCUAUUCAGGAAGAGCUUGACACAUCCCAUUGUUGCCUAGUUGCUAUCGGAAGACUUCAGGUCACAUCAACGCCCAACUCCUCUGAGAACAGUUUAUGUAGCGGCGGAGUGGAGUUUGUGUCGCGGCAUUCAGUGGACGGUCGAUUCACUUUCGCCGAUCAACGCGCCACGCAGGUGGUCGGGUACGCACCGGCCGAUCUGUUGGGCAAACUUUGUUACGAGUUCUAUCAUCCAGAGGACCAACAGCACAUGAGAGAUAACUUUGACCAAGUAUUGAAAUUGAAAGGCCAAAUCAUCUCUCUCAUGUACCGAUUUCGCACCAAGAGCAGAGAGUGGGUUUGGUUAAGAACUUCAGCGUUCGCAUUUUUAAACCCUUACAAUGAUGACGUAGAGUACAUCGUCUGCACCAACACUUUAGCGAAUCGGUCGUUAGGUAGUACAACAGGCGAAGCUGCCCCGGAAGAGAAUUACGAUUACCACUUACGCCACCGAGACGUGUAUCAAGCCCAAGCACCUAAUCUGCACCAACAGCACCAUGCGCCACCAGGUUCCGUGGCUCCAAUAGCGUUUGGUUUGCCAGUGAGCGGCGGCGGCGGCAGCGCGCGGUCGCCGGGCGAGGCGGGCGCGGCGGCGGCGCCGGCCUACGCGCCGCACUACGCGCCCGAGUACUCGCCGCACCGCCCCGCCAACACUCCGCCGCACACCACCUGGACCACGCUGCGCACCAGCGGCGGCGGCGGCGCGGGCGAGAGCUACGCGUACAGCGGCGAGGCGGCGGGAGCGGCGGCCGCGGACGCGUCCCCCGCGCGCUCGCCGCCCGCGCCCGCCUACCUGCCGCCAGCCGCGCACUACCACCACAACCACCACCCGCACCCCUCGCACGGCAUGUGGUCGUGGCAGACGGGCGCAGGCGCGGCGGCGGGCGCGGCCGGCGCCGAGGGAGCGCACGCGCCGCACGAGCUCUCCGACAUGCUGCAGAUAUUGGACCAGAGCGGGACUGCUACCUUCGAAGACCUUAACAUUAAUAUGUUCAACUCGAACUUUGAGUAAUCUCACUCAGAAUGUAUGUACCUCAUUUGAUUCGUGAAAUUUUGAAAGAGAAUAUAUUAUUGCGCGACAUAAAGUACAUAUAUGUACAUGCAAUGGCAUUCAAAUGCGUUAUGUUACAUUUCCCGAAUUGCAAGAAAGUAUGACAAGCGCGUCAGCCUAUUAAAUCUCAAUAUUUCGGUUGUAGAGGCAUAGAUUCUGAAUAGCUGUCUAUACAUAAGUAGUUAGGUAGGGUAAGUACUUAUUUUCUUAGAUAUCCGUACCAGAAAGUAUAGUACCUAUUAUAAAAUCGUGACAUAAUUUUGAUACAAUAAAAUGAUAAUUUCGAAACCACUUCAUUUAAAUGAAGUUCGUUAACAAUACUUUAAAGACGAAUCAGUUCUUAAAUAAGCGGUGCCUACAUAGAACAUAGGCUCCCAGGUAUAAACUAUUAUUAGGGCAUAACAUGUGUUCGGUAUAAAAACCUAACGUGUCAAAAUCUUGUGGGUAUCACAAUUGGAGUAAAAUCAAUUGCGAAUCAGUCCGUGUACCCCGCGUGGUGAUGAUUAGAUUACCCCUAGAGAUAUCACUGUUAUCUAUCCAGAUAUAUUCUUGAUAUAUUCUCGCACAAAUUGUUACAAAAAUGGAAGGGUCCAUUCUUACGAAAUCCUUUCGCAUACUCUUAAAUGCAAAAAAAUGAAAGGACGAAUUUUCAUAAACGGGCGUUUUCGUAGUGCUUAAUAUAACGCGCAAAGCUACAUAUAAAGUUUGUGUGCCUUUAACGAGCCGGAGUGGCGUGACGUGCAAUCAUUGCGAUAAACGUUAAAUAUCUUAAUUGGCAGGUAGAGUGGAUUCUUGGUUUCGUGAGGAGACAACGCCACUUCUGACCGACACAGAUGUUUGGAACCACUUAAUUAGUUUUGUAACUUGUAGUAUUAUGAGAUAAUUCAUUAUUUUUAAUUUAGUUUAAUGAUGUUUUUCUUAUCUGGUUUCUACUGACACUUAAUCGAAAUAUUAAAUCUGUAGCUGCUGUAAAGUUAAUUCUGCAUAGCCGUUAGCUUAUUUCAAAUAUUUAGCUAGGCUAUAAUUUAAUAGAGAAAAAUACUGUGUAAAUAGUAUUCUUUGGCAGCUACCGAGUUUUUUUGAACAUAGUGUUGUUAAAUGUUUUGUUGAUUCAUAUCUCUCUAUUCAGAAUUAGCUUUACUGGUACUUGAGACUUAUAGUGCAAUCACGUUUACUACCAUAUUCAAAAUCGUGUCAACAAUUUCCGUUCAAAUGGUGCAUCUAGCAAAAUUAAGUUAAUAUACCCAUUUUAUAUCUUGACGUUAUUUUUAAGUUAUGAUAAGACUCAUUUGGGAAUAUAGCAUCGUAAUUAAUUAAGUAUUAUUUUUGUAGAGAAUACUGUAAUUAUGUGUUUUCGGUUGUAAGCUCCGUAAUACCAUUCCACUAUACUGUCACUUAACUUAAGGAAUCGUAUUGAUUGUUAGUGCAGAUAGCAGAAUAUACACAUAAAAUGAUAAGAUGUGAAAUACUCAAUGUAAAUGAAAUCUUUAUUUACAUUCUCAAUUAAAAAUUCGGUAAAGUUUUACGCUACGAAACCAAAGACGUGAAUGCAUUGUGAUCAUUUUGGUCGAAAUGGUUUUGCUAGUUCUAUCAUGAAGCAGUUACGGCGUUUUGUAUUUUACAAAUUUAAGGCCAGAAAUUACCAGCAGGCAGGUCCCUGGCCACGCUGUGUAGGCUAUAUAUUCAUAUAAAAUGUAUCAGAAUGUGUAAAGCAAUAAUUGUGCGGUAAAUGUUCUCGUUCGUGUGCGGUACUUAUGUAACACCUGAUUGAAGAUCCAGCUAUCAGCCCUGCUCUCUGUAAUUCAUGAUUCCUGAGGUUGUUACACAACUUCUUUAAAUUAUCGAAAUUCUUAAUCAUGUAUGUUCUAUAAUUUUAUUGAAAGUAUCACUGCUUAGGUUGCAUAAUUAAAGUGACGGUACCUGAAAUCAAUAACAUUCACUGGUGUUCAUUACAUUUAAAUUCAUACAAUUAUUGCUUUAAAAUUAUCCGAAUAUCAAAAAUCUUUUUAUUAUAUUAUUAUACCUAAUUUAAGAUAUUAAUGGAUUAUAUUUUUAUGUAAGUAAUGCAUUUACGAGUUCAUAUUUUCUUCGUAAACAAUUUUAUUACUUUUAAUUGGUUGUAUAGGUAUACUUGAAUUUUGUAAAAUGAAUUUUUCAUUAAAUACUAACGAUAUGGACAUUAA